CUCUUCAGCUGCUGGUUCUCCACCUGCCUGGCCCGGGGCACCCCUGCUACCAUGUGGUUCCUGGCCCUGUGCUUUGCCCUGUCCCUGGCUGGGACUGGUGCCGCCCCUGCCAUCCAGUCCCGGAUCGUAGGAGGCUGGGAGUGUAAGGAGGGCUCCCACCCCUGGCAGGUAGCCCUGUACCAUUUCCACGAGCUGCAAUGCGGGGGCAUCCUGGUACACCCGCAGUGGGUGCUCACGGCUGCCCACUGCAUAGGCGAGAACUACCAGCUCUGGCUGGGGCUCCACAACCUGAAUGACAUCGAAGACUCGGGGCAGUACGCGCAGGUCAGCCAGAGCUUCCCGCACCCUCAGUUCAACCUGAGCCUCUUGAAGAACCACACCACUUACCCCGAAGAAGACUACAGCUACGACAUCAUGCUGCUCCGCCUGGCAGAGCCCGCCCAGAUAACAGACACUGUGAAUGUCCUGGACCUGCCCACCCAGGAACCCCAACUGGGGAGCAUCUGCUACGCCUCUGGCUGGGGCAGCAUCCAACCGUAUCCCUUCAAAUACCCAAAGGACCUGCAGUGUGUGGACCUCCAACUCCUGCCCAAUGAAGAGUGUGCCAAAGCCCACCCACAGAAGGUGACAGAUGUCAUGCUGUGUGCUGGAUACCUCAAGGGCGGCAAAGACAGCUGCGCGGGUGACUCGGGGGGCCCACUGAUCUGCAACGGUCAACUCCAAGGAAUCGUGUCAUGGGGCCACACCCCCUGCGCCCGGCCCAAUAAGCCCAGUGCCUUCACUAAAGUUGUGUCCCUCCUGGACUGGAUCAAGGAGACCAUGGCAGCCAACUCCUGAGCGCUCUCGCCCUCUCCCUAAGCCCCAGUAAAACCUAAUAUGC